CCGUAUGCCAGGAAAAAAAAACUGCAAGUUUGUCCACCUCCAGCUUCCUUAGAAAUGUAAUGGCUGCCUCCAUGCUGUAGCACUGCCAUGGUACUGUAAUACUACUGUACUUUCGUUAUGGAGACUGUUCGAAUUUUUAAGCACUGGAAGACCCAAUCCUUAAAUAAAAUCGAUUUCAGUAAAAAGGGCAGCGUGGACGAAGAUAUAGAGGAUAUAGUGAGAAUAAUCAAUCAACAAGACUGUUACUUCACUACCAGCUCCUGCUCGGGGAGGGUCAUCGUCAUAGAUGAAAGUUCAGAUUUAUCAGCAAUACAAAAGCAGAACUGCUCAUGGCUCUUUGUUACCCAUCAGCUUUGUAAUUCUGAUAAUGUGUUUGCAGCCCUUCAAGAAGCUACUGGCGAUGCAGUGAUGAAGUUUGAAGCCUUUGUCCUUCACGUCCAGUGUCGUAUGUUGGAGGACGCCCAGCUCCUACACAAUGUGGCCAUAAACUCUGGCUUUAGGAAUUCUGGAAUCACUGUGGGCAAGAAAGGAAAAAUUGUUAUGGCUGUAAGGAGCACACAUUGUUUAGAGGUGCCAUUAAGUCACAGAGGAAAAUGUUUGGUAGACAAAGAUUAUAUUGAGUUUUUGGUACACACGGCAAAUCAUAAGAUGGAAGAAAACAAGACACGGAUUGCAAGGUUUUACAGUUGUCUUCAGAGUGCUUUGCAGAAAGGAGAAUGUGUCCGUGACGAGCCUUGUAAGGAACAGACCUCAAGCUCUGUCUACACUCGCAGACGGAGGAGAAAGGAAGAAAUCAUAAAUUCAGACUGUAGUUUAGUUGGAGAAGUUGAUGAUCCAGAAGCAGAUCUUGCACUUUUUAAUGAUGAUCACUGAUAUCUGUGUACAUUGCAUUCCAAAUCAGACUGUUUUAAUUUAUUUUGUAUAUUUUUUGCGUUCUUUUCUUUUAAUAAAAUUAAAAGAUUUUUUUAUAAAA